GGAAAGAGAGGUGUUGGCAAAGAGAAUGCUAAAGUAACAUAAAUUAGUGGCCAUCUAUGUCUUUCGAGACAUUUUAAUUAUUUUGAUAUAGAAACGGUUUUGCACAACAGAACUAAAUAUGAUGCAGUUUAUGCUUCUGUUUAGUCGACAAGGCAAGUUACGUUUACAAAAAUGGUACACGGCCCACACCGACAAGUCAAAGAAAAAGAUCACACGGGAACUUAUAACACUGGUGUUGGCACGAAAACCCAAGAUGUGCAGCUUUCUCGAGUGGAAAGAUCUGAAAAUAGUGUACAAAAGAUAUGCCAGUUUGUACUUCUGUUGUGCCAUCGAACCAGAAGAUAAUGAGCUUCUUACACUAGAAGUCAUACACCGAUAUGUAGAGCUACUCGAUAAAUAUUUCGGAAGUGUGUGUGAACUAGAUAUUAUAUUUAACUUUGAGAAAGCCUAUUUUAUGCUGGAUGAGCUACUACUGGGAGGUGAGGUUCAGGAUACCAGUAAGAAGAACGUACUGAAGGCGAUAGCAGCACAGGAUCUACUUCAGGAGGAUGAGGCGCUUGAAAAUGCUCUUCAAGAGUAUGGAUUAUGUUAACACACGGAACAGGAAGUGAAGAACACUCCGGGGAGGAGACCCCUCAAGGAUUUUUCGAGGACCAUGGCCUUGGAUGAAUACGCAUGGGCAUGUUUUAAUAGACAAAUCUAUCCCGUAGAACAAAUUUUACUUGCUACCUGCCGUAAUAUGAUUAUCCUUUCCGUGAUUUUCAAAAGAAGUUUUCACUGUUGUGUUUAGCUUAUGUUGUUAAGAGGUUAAUUGAAAUAAUGAAAGAUAAGAUAUCUACAUGUCAUUUAGAUUUAUUUAGUUUACAAGGAAGGAAAAUAAACAAAUUCAGUAAUUUCUUAUUAAAUUUUAUAUUAAGUAGCGUUUGCUUUCAACAAGUUCAUUGAUUUCUGGCACUGUCUCAAAGUGAAAAUAUCAAGAGCUGUGUAAAAUGUAUUUUUUGUGAAUUGAAAAUGCUUUUGUUAUGGUUUUAUAUGGAGAAAAUGUCUAAAAGUUGUUAUAAAAAUUGCUAGCUUUUUUCAUACACCAAGGAAAAAUGUUCCAUUGCUUUUAAGUUAAAUUUUCUGUGAAUUUUUAUCUUAACUUUCACCAAAUUCUAGAGAUUAUUUUAUGGAAUUUUUUCCCUUGGAAUGUAGGAAGUUGUGAACUUUUAAUUAGUUACACCUUAAAAGGAAAUUUCUUGAUAAAUGCUUGAAAAAAAUGAAAAUAUGAGAUAAAAUUAUGAUUCAUGUGAGACUUAGGAACUGUUGUCAAGCAGACAUGUUGAUAUGUUUAUUUUUUCUUACACAACAAAAGACAGUUUGUGUCUUAAUUUGAAAUUAUAAAAACUACAGAAAAUCAUCUCGGUAUUACUAUUCCUGGCAGCCAUCUUGAAAGAUAACAAUUUUUUUAACCUGAAAGGAAAACAAAAAAUUUUAUUCCUAACUUUUACAUUUAAUUAGCAAUAAAGAUGUUGAUUUAAUGAUACCCAAGUACUGAUGUAUCGAGGAUUUGUAUUUAUUGGACAAUAGGAUUUUCUAAUACUUGUUCCUUUUUCUUUUUUCUUUUUUUAAUACCUGUAAUUCUAGCAAAUAUAAAUGGGCAUUAAAACUGAACAGUUGUAACAAAAUUUUGAGCCAGGAUCCAGGAUAAUAUUUAUUACUAUGUGCGUUGCUGCUAUGUUCAGGCCCAGUUAAUAGGUGGAUUUGUCUAUUUGAUGUAAGAAUUCUCAUCUUACUGAUAUAUUAGUGUAUUUACAGGUUAAUGGUAACUGUAGAAUUCUAUAAAGGAGGGGGGAUUCACUGGUUUGUGAUUGUUGAUUUACUCCAAAUUUUGUAACUGCAAAACCUUGUUAUAAUGCCGUUAAUGGUACAACACUAUACUGACAUCUUAUAAAGAGGUUUGGCGUUAUAAAGCUGAAGCAUAAAGAUGGAUCUAUGAGAGGAAAAAAUGUAGAUAAUCUGACAAUGGUGGAAACAUGAGUGGCAUUAUAACAAGUUUUUAUGGUAUAAUUACAUGUCAUAAUAAAGAGGUUUAAAUGUGACUUAAAACAUAAUACAUGUAGUACUGUAUUUAUCCAUCAAUAAGCCCAUGUCUGGCAAUAAGCCAGUCCAUAUAUCAAACUGUUCAGUAAGAUAAUUAGUGCUUUUUCAUCGUUCUGAAAUAAUCGCACCCCAACUCUAAGACAUUCCAUGUUCGUAUCUAGGGCAUAUUGUUGGAUAAAUACAGUGAGAUGGGUUAUUUAUUGUUAACGUGUCAAAACAUUUUGGCCGCAUUCCAAUUGAACUAUGUUAAGUAUAUGUCUUUGUAAUGUAUGGUUACGUAUGUCCUGAUGACUGUAAACUUAAUCCACAGUAGCAUGAGUUGUUAUGUCAAGUGCUUGCAACAAAACAAUGCUUCAAUUUUUAUACUCAAGUGUGUAAUAUGUAUCUGUUAAUGAUUGAUGUGAUAAUUCUCUGUAGCAAAUAAUACAAAGAUAACAUGUUGUACAUGUAAAGUGAAUUAUAUGCCAUUAACAAACUGACUUUGAAAGUCCCUAGAGAUUCCAUUAAUAACAAAUUUUACUUUAUAAAGUAAAUCGCACCUAUGAACACUGAAUCACUAUAGUAACACUACUUCUCCUCCAGGCUUAAUGAUAUCAACAUGAUGAAAUAUACAUACUUUCACAGGAAAACAAAAUUGCUUGUGAAUGUAUAAGGAAAUGAAUCAUAGUGCUUAUGAAAAUGUUGUACAUGUGCCUUGUACAUGAGUCAAUGAUCAAAAUUUCAGAUAAAUAUUUAGUAAUUAAGAUUGUUUGGUUUAGCAGUUUGGAGGGGAGAGGAUAUAUGUUCAGAUUAUAGGGUUCUUGAUAUUUUACAUGAAUAUGAGAUUAUGUCUCCAAAACCUCCUUUGUGAAGAGGUUGUAGGUGAAUACUUUUACACAUCAGAUGUGAAAGUGCUUUUGAACUCGCCUGUGUUUAUGUUGGUGUAAAUGUAACUUUCAGUAUUUGUUCUCAAGUUCUGGUAUUUGGUAAUGGCCCAAUAUUUAUGUAAAAAUUGGACUGAGAUGAUUUUAAAAAUACAUAUUUUAUCAUUUCUGUUAGACUUCGUCCCAAACCUUCAGGAUAAGGGUUCUACAUACAUGUGACCUUCACUAUUAUUAGGAGGAUGUUGGUUAUUUGUUUGAUCCAUGUUCCCUAGAAUUCCAACUUUAUCACAAAUGAUGAUUAAAAAAAAAAAAACGGGACAAAAAUCAGUAUUUUUGAAAUCUUGGUUUUGGUGCAUUUUUGAGAAUUAAGUUUCUUAAAUUUACGAAGUUCAAUAAUAUUUCCUGAAAACUGUUCUUUUCUUACAUGUACAAGGAGUAUAAGAGGAGUUUAGUGAAAUUCUUACUAUGAAUGAAUAAAAUCUAUACCUUAACAUUGGUCACUGUGUUAGAUAGGGCUAUCUUAGUCUAAGGCUAGAAGUCUUCAAUAAAGCUUAACUGAGGGCUACACAGGUUGUGUUUUCAAUAAAAUACCAAAUUUGGGGUAAAUCCUGUCUCAUUAUCAACAGUAAUUUCUUUUCUUGUCUUUCAUUUGGUUAUAAAAUGUAGAAUAUUUGAUAAGUAUCCUUUUAGUAUAUGGCCAGACAGUGUGCUUUUAAAGCUAAUUAGAAUGCUUCUGUUAAAAAUGGUAGAAAAAAUUGUUUCACAUGCUUAUUUCAUGUUCUUGUAACAUUUUGAAUUCAAUAGAAAUGUUCAUUUAACUCCAUUGUAGCGCAAAUUAUUUAUUAAAUGGUGCAAGUAUUCAGAUAAAAAUACCAUCAUAUUAAAUUUUCAAACCCGAAGAAACUAGAGAUGUUUGCCCUAAAUAGAGUGAUUGAGCUUACAGAAUCAUGUGGUAAAAGAUUUGUCUGAAGUACAGGUAGUAAUGUUUAUUGGUGUCUUGUGAUAAAAAUUAAAGGAGUAUGAUUUUGUCUUUGCUUUUCUGUUGUACUAUGAAAAUUCCAUGUAUAUUAUUGGAAGAAAUCUCAUUAAUAAAUAUAUGGAUAAAAAUCA